AUUGGAAUUUUUUAGCAAAAUUGAACAGUGGUAGACUGUCAACAAAAUAGUGAAUCGUUCUGAGUGUAUGUUUUUACGUUUUUCGUCUAUAAAAAUCGUUUUUAUCUAAACAAAAGUUUGACCAAAUUGUUUGCCAAAGUCUCCUCCACUCGUGAGCAUCAAUUUCUUUCAAUUGAAUUCGCAAAAAUCGUCUUAAAUUUGAGUUUCAAACAAUUUUCAAUUCAUUGAAUAUUCCCCAUUAUCUAUCUGUGCAACAUUGAAAAUUUUUCGGGUGUCUGCUCUGUACUCUCUCUUGUUCUCUUGUAUUUUUGCUCUUGUUCAUAAUAAAUCUCUUUUGUGUGUAGUUUUGCCUUUGAAUUUUCCAUUAAGAGAAGGAAAAUUCUAACCGUGUCGGGUGGUGAAGUGAGAAAGAGAGAAUUUGUUGUGUAAUUGUUGUUGUUGUUUAGCUGUGUGUUCUUCUUUGGGGUGUGUUUGCUCUUGUUUAUUGAAUUUUGCAGUUUCGUGUGCCACCGAAAGGAAAGGAUUUUCCUUCCUUCAAUUUUUGUGUGCAGUCAAAUUGUAAUUCGAAUAACAUUCCAGUUUAAUCAAAAGGACUUCCUGCUGAGAAAUUGGUGCGCUACACAAACUGUUACAGGAAAUGACUAUCAUCGAAAUAGAUUCAAUUUACUUUGAGAAAAAAAUCGAACAAAAAAACCAAACCAAAACACGGUAACUAAAUCAGCAUAAAGGAAGCAUCGAAAAGCAUUGGAAGCAUUUCUUUUUGGCGCUUUUUAUGUAAACAAGUUAAACUUUGUUGCCUUAAAACGGGACAAAGGAUACAAGCAAAUAAAAGAAAUCGAAGGAUAUCGUUGUAUUGGGCAGAGUGCAACGGCCAUUUUAUCACCACCACCAACAACUUGCAACUACAACAACUACACACUUACGUUUAAACGCGUUGCAACAGUUGGCGUAAAGCCAAUAGUAAAAAGCCCUCUAUUACUAGCUUUGCUGCUUCUCCGGUAGGGGAUUACAAAAACAAACAAACAAACUAAAACAGGAACAGGACACAGCACUAGAAAGGAGACAAAAUCCUUUUUUGUGUUCGAAGAAUUUUUCAAUGGAUUAAGUUGCGCGACUGUUUGUACAUACUCGUGUCGUUGCUCGUAGUUCGUACUCGAAUCGUUGUACAUAUAUUUUGAUGUGUUGUGUGUUUAUUUUUGUUUCCUACGAACCAAAAGAGAGAGAGGGAGAGGGAGAGAAAGAGAGAGCGAUAGGGAUAUCCUGUUAAAAUCUAUACGAAACUAAUGCUGUAAGGAUUUGCGACGAACAUUCUUUGUGACUCGAUAUUUUAACAUUUGUAUCAACAACAAAUAAAAAAAACAAAAAAAGUUUUUAACUUCGGGAGUUGGGAGUGUGUAGCGCGACUGUACAAGUUUUUGUUUGGGUGUCAAAUCGUGUGAUUUAUCAUCACAUGUUGUAAGUGUGUAUAUAGUUUUUUUUUUUUGAAGUAUCGUGUGUGUUUGUAUAAGAAUACUCUACCAUAGAAAGAGAGAGAGAGCGAAAAAAAGAGAGAAAAAAUAAAGAGUUCAUAGACUUAAGGUCAAAGUGUUUGUCGAAGGACGAGAACGAAGGUGUUUUAUGCCCUCGGAGUUUGUGUUUUGAUUUUGUGACUUUCUUUCAACAACAACAACAACAAUAACGUCGUCGACGUGAAAAUCUUAAGGAUAUUUAUUGUAAAACAAAUUCGUUGCUAAAAUGGCUGAAGAUGAAGUACUCUUCGACGAUGUUUACGAACUUUGUGAAAUAAUUGGAAAGGGACCAUUCUCGAUUGUGAGAAGAUGCAUUCACCGGGAAUCCGGACAACAAUUUGCGGUGAAAAUAGUAGACGUUGCAAAGUUUACUGCCAGCCCGGGGCUGAGUACAGCCGAUCUUAAACGUGAAGCCACCAUCUGCCACAUGCUGAAACACCCACACAUCGUCGAACUCCUAGAGACCUACAGCUCGGAGGGGAUGCUUUACAUGGUCUUUGAGUUUAUGGAAGGAUCUGAUUUAUGUUUUGAGGUUGUUCGCAGAGCGGUAGCAGGAUUUGUGUAUAGCGAAGCAGUAGCUUGUCAUUAUAUGCGCCAAAUACUUGAGGCACUUCGAUAUUGCCACGAAAAUGAUAUAUUGCAUCGGGAUGUAAGGCCAGCUUGUGCCCUUCUAGCUACCGCAGACAACUCGGCUCCAGUCAAAUUGGGUGGAUUCGGUUCGGCCAUACAGCUGCCUGGAGGCAGAGAUACUAUAGAAACUCAUGAAUUAGAUAUGGAUGUCAAAUGCAUGAUAAUGACACCUCGAGGAAAGCUUUAUUUAAAAACUGACGAGGAGGGUCGUGUCGGUUGCCCACAUUACAUGUCGCCGGAAGUUGUUUCAAGGCGAAUCUAUGGCAAAGGAUGCGACGUCUGGGGCGCUGGAGUAAUGCUGCAUGUGUUGCUGUCAGGACGACUGCCAUUCCUGGGAUCGGGAAAGCGAUUGCAGGAUUCUAUUGCACGUGGAAUGAUUUCGUUUGAAGCGCCCGAAUGGAAAUCGAUUUCUUCAACAGCCAAGGACUUGGUUAUGAAAAUGCUUGCCGCCAAUUCACAUCAUAGACCAUCGAUAACAGAAGUCCUCGAUCAUCCCUGGAUGCGAGAUCGAGAUAAGUUACAGAGACAGCAUUUGGCUGAUACUGUCGAAGAGCUAAAACGGUACAAUGCCCGAAGAAAAUUGAAAGGAGCUGUGCAAGCUAUUGCUGGUGGUAUUGCAAUGGAUCCACUGUUUGGUACCGACACUGACUCAAUGCCUAUUGGAACAGCAUCAGAAACUUUAAACGAAUGGGCUGAUGAAGAGGCUGGCCUCGAAGCUGUUCAACGAGUAAUCGAUUCUUUAGAUGAUAUCUAUGCUCUACAAGACACAUUUGUGGAUCCAGAAGUUCUAAGAGAAAUGUUGCGGGACAACAAACUCCAUCAACUACUUCAGCUUUACGAUCGAAUUAGUUGCAACGUUAUGUCACCAUCUAGAGCACCGCCAGGAGAUGCGGUUACACGAAGCCGUGAUGCUAUCGAUGCGCUGUCAUCGUCAACUAGCCACAAAUAUGCGCGGGAAAAAGCGGAGCUGAUGCAGCUGCUGGUAUCACCACAUUUACAGGUAAACCAACAAACAGAUCACCAUAACUUUCAACAGCACGUAUGUGACGAGUCUUAUUCAUCGUAUCAUAAUAUGCAAGCUCUUUUGCACACGCAUGACGUUGUCGCAAGAGAGGUAUACGGUGACGAGGCUUUACGGGUAACACCCCCGCCACUAGCGCCCUAUAUCAAUGGUGAUGACAUCGACAAUGUUGACAGUGGCGAACUGCAGCAUGUGACCAGAGUACGUUUGGUGCAGUUCCAGAAGAACACCGAUGAGCCAAUGGGUAUAACUUUGAAAAUGACCGAAGAUGGACGCUGUAUUGUAGCUAGGAUAAUGCAUGGCGGUAUGAUACAUCGCCAGGCAACUUUGCAUGUGGGCGAUGAGAUUCGGGAAAUUAAUGGCCAACCAGUGCAACAUCAAUCCGUUGGCCAAUUACAACGAAUGCUGCGCGAAGCUCGUGGUUCUGUUACCUUUAAAAUAGUUCCUUCGUACAGGAGUGCUCCGCCACCUUGUGAGCUGUUCAGGAUUAGGCCUGCUCCAGUUCUAGUCGAACAGAUUUUUGUACGAGCACAAUUCGACUAUAAUCCUUUGGAUGAUGAGCUUAUUCCCUGUGCUCAAGCUGGAAUUGCUUUCCAGACUGGUGAUAUUUUACAAAUAAUUAGCAAGGAUGACCAACAUUGGUGGCAAGCUAGACUGGAUACGGCUGGUGGAUCGGCUGGGUUAAUUCCUUCGCCGGAACUACAGGAAUGGAGAAUCGCUUGUCAGACGGUGGAUAAGAGCAAACAGGAGCAAGGCGAAUCUGGACCUGGAUGUUCGGCACAUGCCGACGGAUGUGAUGGAUCGACAGUAAAUUGCUCGAUUUUCGGGCGGAAAAAAAAGCAAUGCCGGGACAAGUACUUGGCCAAACAUAACGCUGUGUUCGAUAAUUUGGAUUUAGUGACAUACGAAGAGGUUGUUAAAGUGCCAGUUACUGAUCCCAGCUUUCAUCGGAAAACUUUAGUAUUAUUAGGCGCACAUGGUGUUGGUCGUCGUCAUAUCAAAAACACUCUUAUAGCUAAGUAUCCAGAUAAAUAUGCUUAUCCAAUACCACAUACAACGAGACCUCCACGGCCAGACGAGGAGAAUGGCCGCAGCUACUAUUUUGUGUCACACGACGAAAUGAUGGCCGACAUUGCUGCUAACGAGUAUCUCGAAUAUGGCACUCAUGAGGACGCAAUGUACGGCACGAAAUUAGAUACAAUACGACGCAUUCACACUGAUGGCAAAAUGGCAAUAUUGGAUGUGGAACCACAGGCGCUUAAAAUCCUUCGGACAGCUGAGUUCACUCCGUACGUUGUGUUUAUAGCAGCUCCAUCAUUGCAAAACAUCGCCGAUUAUGAUGGAAGUCUGGAACGCUUGGCCAAAGAAUCAGAUAUGCUGCGUCAGGCUUAUGGUCAUUUCUUUGAUUUGACAAUAGUCAAUAACGAUAUUGGUGAGACAAUAGCAGCGCUGGAGAACGCAAUCGAUCGAGUUCACACCACAGCACAAUGGGUACCCGUGUCCUGGCUCUACUGACAAGACAGUGAGCUAGAAUGUCCGGACUGUUUGGAGGGAUGCGAUUGUGAAUGUGAAUUGGUUGACUCGCAAUAUAAUCUUAACUAAAAAAAAAAAUAACAAAAACAAAAAUACGAGUCGCAAAAAGCUUUUUUUUUCUAAACAAAAAAAGAACUAAAAAAAAGAAACAAAAAAUAACCUUAUAUUCAGUUUGUUAAUUAAUUUAAUGUUUUUUUUUAUAUUUAAAACCUUAAACUUAUAUUUCCAUUUUAUGUUUAAUUUUUUUAAUCAAUUUUAACAAAAAUAACAUUUUUAAAAAUAAUAUUUGGAUUAGAAUACUAAAUUCACUGAACCCUAAGUAAAAUUUAACAAAAACAAAAAAUAAGAAACAAAAAAAAUGAAACUAUUUUUCCACAACACCCAAAAGUAUACCACAAUAUAAUUUUAUAAAAAGCAAUGGACAAUGUAAACUCUCAUUUCCGAAGAACAAUCGCACUUUUAUUCUUCAAAGAAAAAAUAAAAAUACCAAAAACCAAAAAAAAACACGACGCAAUAACUAAAAAAUGAAAAAAAGAAAAAAAAAACAUAAGAAAAUUAGAAUUUAAUCAUAAAUAGAGUGAGCACACAUAUUACCUAAAAAAAUAAGUUUAAAAAAAAAAACCACAAAAUCACAUUAUAUAGAGACUUUGGAGUAGAUUUUGGAAAACAAAAAUAACAAACAAAAAAUUUUAAAUAAUAUUAAUUACAACCAACAACUAUUUACUCAGGACGAAUUUUCGAAAAACAAAAAAUUCGCAAUGAACGUAUCAAGAUUAAAUAAGAAUAAUUUAAAAGAGAAUAAAAACAAGCCAGCAAACAUUAGACUCAUUCAGUACCGUAAGAGAAUGUAAUGUUUUUGAAGAGUUUUUUCCUACUCGAUAUAUUUGCGUUCUUUUAAAUAUUUUUAAAAGGCUUUAAAAACAUAUUUUUUUUUUUAAAGAUAGCAAUGAAUUCAUUCAUUGACUGGCUUUACUGAACUCAGCCAUUAAUUUUAAUCAAACCAAAUACAUUCAGUGAACGAACUUACAAGAAAUCAAGGAUUAUUUCCCUAUUUCUUUGCACUGCUGAAUGCACCCAUUGACUGAUAUAUGAAAUUGUAUGUUUCAAUGAAAGCAAUUCAGUUGAAUUAAUUCACUAAAUGAAAUCAGUCUGAAUUCUAGCAUUGAACGAAAUCAAAUUAAUUUGUUUAACUGAACGAAAUCGAAUUGAACUCUGCAUUAAAAUUGAACUUGGGUACUUACAUCUUCAGAAAUUGAAUGUUUGUACCGUUCUCUUGAGAGGUUAAAAGUUUUUUUAGAAACGAAACUUCGUUUUGAGGGUUUUUUUCUGUUGCAAUGUAAAUUCGCUGAAUUCAUCCAUUUUCGAUUAUUUUCGGCUUAGGGGGGUCAAAUGCCCUGAUCGAUUUUUGAAUUACUGCUCAUUAAUGAUCGAGAAGGUGUCGAUUAAAAAAAGUAGAAAUUCUGCUUGUCCUCUACAACUUGUAUUGAUAACAAACGAAUUGGAAAUCACUGAAUCACAUUAUUCAAUAGCUGUGUUCAGCAUUCAAAUGAACUUUUUGAUUAAACUACCGAAUUUAUUAGUUUAACUAAUUCCUUUACACUGUGCAAUGAAACUUUUCAAAAGACUUGAAAAGGUUAUAACUGAGUAUUAUGUUGAAAACAACUCUAAUCCACUCUUGUUUUGAAUUCAAUUAAAUGGCAAAAACUUUCUUAAAAAUUGCAAUCUUUUACGGCCCUGUCUUCAUGUAAACUCACAAAGCAAACAUCUUCAUUAGCAUUCCAGGUCUAGAAUUCCAUAAUCUAUGAUUAUAUUUUACUUUUUUUUUGUAUUUUUUUUAUAUAUAUAUUAAAUUAAUAUAAAUAUUUUUUGUGAUAAUUUUCCAACUAAACACAGUUAAGUAGCGAAUCAAGACAUCCAAACAUUCCAUACAUAAAAAAAAAACAAAGGGUAUAGAAAUUGAGGCGUGGCGCGAAAAAAGAGUAAAUUAAUAAAUAUAACAACCAAAACAAACAUAUUUAUCAAAAAAAUAACAUCUUAAGCGCAAAACAACAAAAAAGUAAAAUUAAAAAAAAAAAAACAUUCUACAAGAAUUAAAACAAAAUUUAAAUGAACAUUUAAAACAAAAAAUUAAUAAUUAUAAUUAAACUUUCCCGAGCACAAAUUAAACCAAAAAAAAAAUGAAAAAAAAAUUUAAAAAAAAAAACUACAACAACAAACAAAACAACCCUUAAACUCAUAACCUGUAUGAUGGGGGGCAAAACUGCGCAUGUAAUAAAAUUUCCUUUUUUUUUUGUUUUGUUUGAGCGAGGGGCGUGCGUGAAUAUAUGAAUUAAUUUAUGAUGAAUGAAAAAAAAAAAAAAACUCAAACCAAUGUUAACAUUAAAUUUAAAAAUAAUUAAAUAUUUAAGAUAAUACAUUUUUAAAAUAAAAUUUAAAACCAAAAAAAAAAAUUAUUGAAUUUAAAGUGGAAAUGAUAGAAGAGAUGAUAAAUAAAUUAUUCAAUAAAUGAAACUUUAAUAGAGAAUUUAACAAAAAAAAAAAUAAAUAAAAAAACAAAAAAAAAAUAGGUGAAUUAAACGAAUUAAAAACAAAAAAUUAAAUCAGUUUUGAAAGUAAAAUUUUAACAAAAAAAAAACUAACAAAAAAAAUUAUAUAUUCUAUUUCCAUCAUGCCAAAACGUGUUAUGAAUUAUAUACCAAAUCUUCCCAAUGCAUUAAAGUAUAUAUAAAAAUCACAUGCAGUUUAAUAUUAUUUAAAAAAAUAUAUAAUAUUUUGGUUUGCUUUGUUAUUUUUAUUUACAAAUGAUUUAAAUUUUUAAAAUUGUUUGAUUUAGUUUUUUCUAUUAAUUUUGUUUUUACUUGAAAGUAUGCAAUGUUUGUGAUUCUUAUUCUUGCAUCUGCUAAUGAUAGUGUAUAACAGUUAUAAAAGUAUUUAAUGUCAUUAAAGAUAUGAAAUAUUUAAAUUCUUUCCUGCAAUGAUGUAAAAUACAAUAUAUAACAGUUUACAUCAAUUGAUUUUGACCGAAAAGAAAUAAAAGAUUGUACUUAUCACUUCUGUUAUACAACUUUUAUAUGUUAUUUGAGAAGGGAUUACUUUACUUCUGGUAUAUUUAACAUUAUUUCUUGUAUAUUUAACUAAUAUCUGUUAAAUCUAACUAUAUUAUGAUUAAAUAUACAAGAAGUAAAUUUUUUCUCCAUGUAUGCAAUAAGAAACACAAAUUCGGUUGAGUCCUUUUUACAUUCUCAUUUUUUUUUUCUGUUUUUGUUUAAAAUUUUUUUUUUUUUCUUUAUUUUAUACAAAAUUGCAUUUCCCUAAAAUUGUACGAUAUGAAUCCAAUCAAUGUUCAUUAGUUUGCCAUAACAACCAUCUUCGAGGAAAGAAAAAGACAUGUGAUUUGAACAAAAAAAGACAUUACAAAUAUAACAUUCCCAAAUAUUCAAUAAGAAUACCUCUUUAAUGGCAACAAAAUUCAGAGCAACUAACCAAAAAAAUAAGAAAAUUGAAAAAUAAUAAUAACCAAACAAUGAAAAAUAUGAAAGUAAAAAGAUUAUACUCUUCAAUUAUUGAGCUUAACAUCUAUUUAAUAAAAUUAAAACUAAAAUAUAAAAAAAAAAGUUUCGAUAUAAAAUAAACUUAAAAAAAAAAUGAAACAAAUUAACAAAAGCAAAAUGAAAUAAAAACACAUCUAUGGUUUCAAAAAAAAAAGAAAAAAAAAACAUUAUAAACAAACUAUAAAACUAUAUUAUAUAGGAAACAAAAAGAAAGAAAAAAACAAACAUUUACAUUUCAUACUAAUUUCAAUUUUAUUAUAAAAAAACAACAUUGUUUAUAUUCUAUUUGUGGUUUGUUUUUGAAAUUUAUUAAAAAAAAAGGCACAAAUCUAUCGAGUAUUUUACAUAAAUAAAUAGUUUUUAACUUAAAACUUAGAAAAACCAACAAAACAAAAAAAAAAAACAUUCCAUUUCUUCAUUAAUGUCAAUUCAAUCGAGAAGCAAAACAAAGUUUGCUUUAACAAAAGGACUUUAAUUCUCUCUUAAGAAAAAAUGUUGCCAAAUUUUUGGGUUCUGAGAAAUGAACAAUUCUCUAAAUACAACCCUGCCGUUUCAUUCAAACAAACAAACAAACAUCAUCAUCAAAAAUCUAUAAGAAUUGUUAAAUAUUCAAAUCACAAGUUUAAAAUAAAUAAAAGAAACAAAAAAAAAAUUGAUAGAAAAUUUCCCACACACUCAAAAAUGUUUCUUAACAAAACAAAAACAAAAUACACAAACACACAUUGAAACAUUGAAAUAAAUGUAAAUGUAAUUUCAUUAUUUUAAUUAACAACAAAACACGUUAAAUAAUGGAAUGUAUAGUAUUAAUUUUUAAUUUUUUAGUUUUACUAAUUAUUUUAUCAUUAAAAAAAGAAAAUCAAUUAAAUUUACAAAACAAAAAUAAUUUUACUACAAAUAAUAAAAUAUAAAAUAUUUUUAUAAAUUGUCUUUCAAUAAAAACAAAAAAAAAAAUAAAUAUAUAUUGCACACAAGAGCUUAUUUACGAUUUAAGAAAUGUGAAAUAUGUAAAUUUAUAAUUUUUUUUAGUUUUAAUUUUAAUUUUUAAUUGAAUUUUAUUUAUUUUUUUCUUUAUUUUUUUUUUUUUGUUUAUUUUUCUUAAUGAACGCAUGUGUUUUAGUAUACUAUUGUCUUCAUAAUGAUUCCCUUUACUUUUAAAGGUGAUAACACAAUGUUUAAUAAUGAAAAAAAAAAAAAAUAAAAGGAAGUUAUGAAUCCAUAAAAUAUAUAAAUUAUAUAUAUUUGAAAACAAUAGACAGUUAAAAAUUUCAGAAAUAUAUUAAAUAAUCAACACAGGUGCAAGAAAUAAAAUUUAAAGAAAAAUAAAAUAAAACAACAAAAAACAUAACAGCGUUACACAAAAAAAUUAAAACCAAAAAAAAAAAAGAUGAAAAAAAACUUAUAUCGCAAGAAAACAUUUAAAUAAACAAAAA